GAUAAUAUGAAUGACCGUGCUCGUAAACUAGCUCGUGAAGAGUUUGCAAAGAUGCGUGGUUUUAUGGACCAAGAGCCUGAAGGUAUUCCUUUGGAGGAGAUCGACCUUGAUAAUGAUCCAGAAUUCAAGAACGCAGAGGUUGCCAGGUACAGAUUACUAAAAGAUCCUAACCAUCGACCAGAAGAAGUGGCGAGGUUGGAGGAGGCAAUGAACGAUCGUGCCCAUGAAUUGGCAAAGAUCCUCCUCGCGAAUGACCGUGCGUUCCUUGAUCCCGAACCGGAGGGUGUGCCGCUUUCAGAACUGCCACUUGAUACAGACAAGGAAUUUAAAGAGCUUGCAAUGCAACGACGUAAACUUAAGCAGAGUGGCAAAAAAGGUAGAGAUCCUGAGUUAAAGGAGUUGGAGUCCAAGAUGAAUGACCGUGCACACGAGCUUGCUAAGGAAUAUCUUCGUAAUAAUCGUUCAUAUUUGGAUCCUGAACCAGAAGGUGUACCAUUGGAUGAUAUUGCUCUCUCUCGUGAUCCUAUAUUCAGGGAGAUGGAACAGGAACUGAUAAAAGCAAUGAAAGAUCCUCGUGCUUCUAAAGAUAAGUUGAAUCAUCUUAAGGACGAUCUUAACGAUAGAGCACAUGAACUUGCCAAGGAAUUACUAAAGAAAGAACGAGCAUUUCUUCGACCUUUACCAUUGGGAGUACCUCUUGGAGAUCUACCACUUAAUUAUGAUCCAAUACUUAACCCCUUGGAACGCAAACGUCGUGCACUGAAGAGUGAUCCUAGAGGGAACGCUGAUGCUAUUCGCACCUGUGAGGAUGAUAUUCAAGAUCGAGUGAAUGAAAUUGUAAAGGAGUAUUUAGAUAAGGAGCGUUCUUUUCUUGAUUCUGAACCAGAAGGGGUACCACUAUCUGAGCUUCCAUUGGAUGCAGAUAGACUAUUUCACGAUAUGGAGUGUGAUCUUCGAGCACUAAAGAAGCUUCCAGCGAAAAACAAGAAAGAGAUUGAAGAGUUACAAGAUCAAAUGAACAAUCGUGCACAUGAAUUGGCUAAAGAGCACUUACAGAAGAGACGAGCAUUCCUUAACCCUGAACCUCUUGGCGUUCCACUCAGCGAAUUACCUCUUAACGAUGAUGAAAAGUUCCGCCAACUUGAAGAACGUCGUUUAGAAAUGAAAAAAAAUCCAAAAACUACAGCUGCAGAACUAGAGGAGAUAGAAGAUGAAAUGAAUGAUCGUGUUAAGGAGUUGGCAGAGGAACAACUUCGAAGGGAACGUGCCUUCCUUGAUCCUGAACCUGAAGGUAUUCCACUUUCAGAACUGCCACUGAGCAAAGAUAAACACUUCCGUGAAAUGGAGAAGAAACUACGCGGACUUAGAAAAGAUCCACGAAAGAACGCAGAAGAAAUUAAAGAUCUUGAAUAUGACAUGAAUGAUCGUGCGCAUGAGUUGGCUCGUCGCCAGUUGACAGAUGAUAGGAGCUAUCUUCCUAUUGAACUUUGUGGGGUUCCUUUGACAGAUCUCCCGCUUGAUGAUGAUGAGAAAUUCCGAGAACUUGAACUGGAACGUCAUAACCUUAAGAAGGAUCCAAAAAGAAACGCAGAUGCUAUUCGUGAUAUUGAGGAUAAAUUAAAUGACCGAGCCUUUGAAAUUGCUGCUGAUUAUUUACGAAAGGAAAGAGAGUACCUUGAUUCACAACCUGAAGGAAUAUCAAUAGACCGUGUACCACUGGAUAUGGACAGAGAAUUCCGAGAGAUGGAGCAGGAACGUCGACGAUUAAAGAAAGAUCCCAACAACAAAAAGGCCGUAUUAGACCUUGAAGAAAGACUCAAUCAACGUGCACGUGAACUUGCAUUGAAUAUCCUUGGAUGGCAGGAUGUAGAAUUUCAUGAAGCUAACAAAGAUGUUGCAGAGGAAUGGCCACGUAUUUGUGAAUUAUAUCCAGAAGGUAUUCGUGAGGAUGUUGUACCUGAAAUAACCCAACCAUCCGAUGUGUGUUCGGCUCCUGGCUGUGCUGGUUGUUUGGCACCUUUUAUUGCUGCACUUGGUCGUCAUCCUCCUCUUAUUCAUCGUUUAUUUGUGUCGAAGGUACACCCUAUUAAUGAACCUUAUUCUUUUACGUUUUUCGAUCCUAAUAGUAGUCCAGUACGUGUUGAUAUUGAUGAUCGUAUUCCAUGUGAUUCAAACAUGGAACCUAAAUUUACGCGAGUGCCACAUCGUUCGUGGUAUCCUUUACUUCUUGAAAAAGCCUAUGCUAAAUUUGUUGGUGGAUAUUCUAAACUUGAUCAAUGUACACCACAUGAGACACUUCGUGAUUUAACAGGUCGUCCUGUUUUGCAUAUUCCAUUUGAUGAACGAUUAGCUGAAGCAGCAAAUACAGGUGAUUACAAAUCUGCUGCUUUCUGGCGUGGGGUAACGAAAAAUCUUGAGCAAGGCGAUGUGAUCACAUGUAUGUCUAAUGUGGAGUGUGUGGAUGGUAUUCAUCCACAGUGCAGUUAUGCUCUUUUGGGUGUUAUUAAUACUCUAAUGGAAUCUAAUGAUCCUGAUGAUGUUGUUAUUAAACUACACAAUUGUUAUUUUGACAAACCUUUGUACAGUGGGCCUCUAAAUCAACAUGAUCCUAAUUGGACAGCUGAUCUUAAGAGGGUUUGUAAUUUUGAUCCUGAGGAAGAUGAGGUGUUAUAUUUACCACUUCCAACAUUCCUGCGUAAUUUUUCAAGUAUGCAACGAUGCCACAUUAAUUGUAGUGAUCGAUUCAGUUCUCCGGGUGAGUGGAAUGAAUAUACUUCUGGAGGUAAUCCAAAGUUUACUACAUUCCGUAAUAAUCCGAUUUAUGUGGUUGAGAAUAAGACAACACGACCUGUGACAAUUCUUGCGGAAUUGCGUCAUCAUACACCGGCAUUUACUGACCCUGAUGGUUUGAAUCAUUAUCACCAAACUGGAUUGGUACUUAUGCAAGCGGUUCAAGCAAAGAUGCCAUUAAGUCCUCUCAUUACAAGCACUACACACAAAUUUCUUCAGAAGGGCAUGAUGCUUGAUGCCAGAGAAGUGUGCUCACAGAUGGAGUUACCACCCAGUUCCACUUGUUACCUCAUUCCUUACACAAUGAAACGUGGUUGCUACGGUAAGUUCUUUGUUUCUAUUUAUCCUGGAAUGGCGAAAGUGACAUUGACUCCACUUCGAAAUGCCGGACUAAGACGUGAACCGCUUACAACGCAAGUUAAUCUAACUCCUGGUAGUUCGGAAGCCACAAGGGUGGACUUUUUACUGAAUGAUCCUUGUGAUGUACAUGUACUCGUACGUCAGAUGAAGGUUAGCGAUUCUUCAUCUCUAAAGAAGGGUGAUGUGGUGGGUGAAGAUGAUGUUUCUGUGAGUGUGUAUAAUGAGUAUGGAAUUAAGGUAAGUUCAUCGGAGUUCACAAAUGCACGUGAACAGGCACUUGUCUUCCGCGUUACUCAGGGUGGACGUUAUUCCGUCGCUCUACUUUGUUCCAGCAAAUCAAAGUCCGCUGAUUGUCCAUGUUUGUUGUCUAUUUAUACACCAAAAGAUACCACUGCUGAUUUUGUGCCUGUACCACCGGAUGCAAAGCCAUUUGAUCAGCAAGUGCGAUUCCCAGUGAUUCCGAGAAGUGCGCCUAAUGUAAAUCGCACAGCCAGUCGAGAACGAACGUACAGUCGCGAUCGCAUGGUGCGGCGAAGUGACUCGCUGCCACCCAUUCAAGGUGCCGGUCGUGGUCAACGUGCUAGCGUAAACGGUGGACUGGCACCACGUCGUCCAAGUAGAGGACGCAAUUAG